CACGAUCGAGAUGGAACUGCUAGCUGUUGGCCCAGCCCGCUACCGACUGGGUUAAAAGGGCAUGCUUUUUGUGGUGGGUAGCGCACCCAUUACCCCCCAGGACGGACCUGUAGCCCUCCCACACUCAACUAGGACGAUCCCAGUGCCCCACCAACACAAGCCUCGUCGGCCGCCUUGUCGGGCGGGUAGUUCUCCGUGGGGUGGUCGUCGGCGGGCAAGAUGUAUCCCUCGGACUGCAUCAUCGCUAAUAGCGCGGUGCUGCUCUCUGUGGGGUGCUCCUCCCUCCCCCUCUUUCCCCCAUCCCCAGCCUCGUGCUCCACUGGAAGGCCACCACGGGGACGACCGUCGAAAUGGAGUUACAAGCCACGUCGGCCGCCGUGUCGGGCGGGUGGUUCUCCGUGGGGUGGUCGUCGGCGGGCAAGAUGUAUCCCUCGGACUGCAUCAUCGCCAACAGCGCGGGCGCCGCCAUUGGCGCGUACAGCAUGACUUCGUACUCCUCCUCGGACAUCACCACCGCUUCGUACUCACUCGGCUCGCCCGCCUACUCCUCUGGCGCCGCCACGUUUUCCAGAACAGUGGGCACCGGCAACAAGAUCUCGUUUGUCAACGGCCCCAUGAAGACCAUCUGGGCCUACUCCGACGGCCCUUCCACCACUCUCGACGGCCACGCCGGCCACCGCGGCAGCACCACCAUCGACUACUCCUGCGACGGCACGGCCACCCCUCCCCUCCUCCCCCUGCCGCCACCCCCUUCCCCCGCCCCCUGCGAGUACCGCCUCCCCGCCCCCCCAGCUAGCGCCUCCCCAUCCCCUCCCCCGCCCUCCACCACGCCCUCCCCUCCCCCGUCGUCCCCUCCUGCUGCGGGUGUGGCGUGUCCGGCGUCCACUCUUGACGGGUUCGACUAUCAAGUGGAGCUCGGCGGUGCACUCAUGCUCCUGCACUGGACCUUCGCCAGCAGCACAUCCAUCAAGUUCGCAAUGGAGGCGCGCGCCAGCACUCUAUCCAAGGACGGCUGGAUGGCUGUUGGAUGGUCAGGCAGAAAGGGCAAGAUGAAGGGCUCAGAUGCAGUCAUCGGGAACCUGCCAGGGGUGGCGGCGGUGCAUAUGAGCGGGUAUUCCAAGAAGCUUGUGAAGCAAACGAGUGCGUUCUCUAUAGGGACUGCUGAAGUUGCUGCCACCACCGAAGGCGGCACCAUGAUCACGUUCACACGGGAAGUAGGCACGGGCGCGGUGCCCAUCGUCCUGAACGCCACCAACUACCUCAUAUUCGCCUUCAGCAGCACGGCCUCCAAGACCCUCGCCUUCCAUGCCUGGAACCAGGGCGGUCUUGCUGUGGACUUCUCGUGCUUCAGGAAGCCUUCUUCCCUGUGGGGCGGCGGGCCCGACUACUCAGACGACUCCGACUACGACAGCAGCUUCCGCGCCGCAAGCGUCGAGGACCCAUCGGCUGGUGCGGCUUUGAGCACCAGCAGCCACCAAAACAGCUUGCAAAGGCAGAAGCCUUUGGGCCAGCAACACCACAAUGCUGCUGUUGCUGCUUCCGGGAAUGGUUUGACAAAUGCUGGCUGGUGGGCCCGUAAGUCGGCCUUUUGGAAGGCCAUUUUUGGAGGGUGAUCAACGUGGCCCGUGAUAGGAUGGCUGGUGGGGUAUGUUUUGAGAAAUAUUUCAUCGAUGUCUUAACCCAGCGUGGUUUGGCGCGGUGUAACUGUGUUGGAAGGCUGCAACGAAUUGAGUGUUUGGGUUUGCAUGUACAUGCAGGGUUGGGUUUUUAUCAGCCGCAGUAGAGAGCUAGGGGAAACCAAGGAGCCAAUGAGUGCAGCCUUGGUGGCAAGGUGUACAAGGUUCCAUAAUUUAUUUACCACAGGUAAAAUUGGAC